GUCUAACUCAGCACCUUACAGCUUGACAAUAUUGACAGUCCCACACACACCCUCGGUGAAGUGAACCAGACCCCUCCAUUCACCACAAUCCCCAGAUCUAGCUACAAUCCAACAGACCCAAAACUCUGAACCAUUUCCCGACAUCAACAAAUCAUGACUACCUCCCACAAUAUUGAACACUACAAAACCAACGUCCACGCCCACUGGGAGGGCAAGCACGCCAAGGACUGGACGGAGGUCGACCUCAUCGGGUACGAGAACGCGACGAAUCGCUUGUACAACGAGCUGUGCGCGCAUCCGGACGCCGCCGUCGUCCAGGUCGGCCAUCGCUCGACCCUGCUCAACAACCACGGCCGGGACUACCGGUUCAACGGCAAGUUCUCCAGCGAGCAGACGCAGCCGGAGCGCAGUCACCACGAGUACAACCGGUUCGGGAAGCUGAUGAAGUGGGAGGGCGAUCGGUGGUAUGCAUAUGAUUUUGAGGUGGAGAUUACGGAUCAUAUGAGGGCUUAGAGGAGGGUCAGGGAGAUGGUUAGGGCAUGCUAGGAAUUAUGUCAACAGGUUGACUAUUGCGCUGAGGUUGGUUGUGAGUGAUAACUGAUGCUUUUUAGCUGGAGCUUUGCGGUUGCCCCUUAUUCUAUUGUCUGAUCAGGGUUAUGUGGUCGCCAGUUGUUUCUGAUCUGCCAGAAGAUAGGUGCCGGUGUAAUACCUGGGG